AUGGCCUUUGCAUCUUCUACCAUUCGAUCGAAGAGGUCGGCGACUGGACCUCCUAGCGAACAACUGGCGCUCCUCCAAGGCGGUGGGCGAGGGGGAGUCCCGGACUCUGGUGUUCGACGGUCAAAGAGGCUCUUGUCUUGCCACGACUCCGAUCAGCUGGUCGGUUAUUCUGGUGGAGCGUCGAUGGCUCUCCGUGCGUGUACGCUGUCGAAUAGGGAGGCUUCAGGUCGGCCUACUUUAGAACCAGACCAGCCGGUGGGUAGCACUGAUAGUACCUCAUCGGAUGAUGACUUCCAAACGGCGCCUCGUGGGUUUGUGGAGGCAGAUCGUAGGGGCACUGGGGUGGAUGUAGGAAUGGCCAAAGACGGAAGGGCACCAGUGGGGGUUUUCAAAGAGUUCCUCACGAUUAAGACUCGGUGUAGGCCUAAACCACUUGUGUGUGCUAUAAAAGACUUCAAUUCACGUCAAUGUGAAGCGGUUAGGGAGAUUGGAUUUGGGGGUGUGCUUGAACUUCAGGUUACAAAUGCACCGUUAAGGUUGGGUUACUGGUUGGUCACCAACUUCCACCCAGAAGAUAUGUCUGUGCACUUGCCAAAUGGUAUGAAGUUACUACUCACUAAGGAUGAUGUAGCAGCAACAUUGGGUCUACCAUGUGGGCCGAUCACUAUUACAGAACGGGAUAGCCAGGUUGUAGGGCCAUAUUUGCGACAAUGGAGGGAUAAGUUAUGUCAACCUGAGGGGGAUGUGACGGUGAAGGCACUAUGCAAUGCGAUGUUGAGGUGCAAAGAUGGAGAUGUGUGGUUCAAGCGACAUUUCAGUGUCGUGGUAGUCAGCACUCUCGUUGCAAGUGAGCAUAAUGGGUAUGUCAACCAGAAGAUAGUCCAUAUGUUGCAUGAUGUUGAUCGGAUAACUGAUUUAGAUUGGUGUGGGUUUUUGUUGAAAAAAUUGGUCAACUGUCAUGAGGAUUGGUCUCAACGUAAGCGUCUCAGGUUCACAGGACCCAUCAUCUUCUUAACUUUACUGUAUGUUGACAGGUUAGUAAUAGGCAAGCGUGACGUUCAAAGGGUUGUGCCGUCUUUGAAGGGAUGGUCGACGAAGAUGUUAAAGGCAAGGGAAUCCUUGGAGAUUACUUAUGGUGGCUUUGGACUUGGGCGGUUGGAUGCACCACUUUGCCAGGAGAACAACCCUGGUGUGUCUAUUGGUCAACAGCUUAUCGUGGGCAACAGAUCAAAGUCUCUUGUUGACAGGUUGGAGGAGAAAAAAACAAUUCUUCAUUCAGCAGUCCAAGACAUUAUUGAGCUAGUGCAUCAAUCACCAAAACUAGCUCAAGAUUCUGAGUUAUUCCAUUCUGUGUUUGAGAAUGCCCAGAAUUUAAUGGCUUUGAAGCCUGGAGUAGCACAUGAUCCUAGCCUAACGUCUGACCAAUUCGAUGAUGAUUUUUGGGAUAACCCAGAUAAUAUACUAGCGCUAGAGCAAGCUGAACAGGCUGCGCAAAGGGGGAAGUCAUUGAUGGACGCUCCUACUUUUAGCUUAGGGUUAUCGACCAUUGCAAGGGGGUAUGUUACCCCUCCACCACAGGCUACCAUUCGUUUGGGGGGCUCACAUAGUGCAUUGUAUGGGGAAUUAAAGUUGGUACCUUGUGACCGUAAGGGAAAAUCACCGUUGAACACCAGCCCCCAAAUGCUCACGGGUUAUUUGAGCUCUACGCUAGUUGAAGUGUGUACCGUCCUAUGGAAUUGGGUUUUUGACAACUCCCAGGCUGAUUUGUAA